GCAAAUUUUCACAAGUUUACAUAUUAAGGAAAAUUACAUUAGAAUUUAUAAUUUUUAAAAAUAUUUUUGUUUUUGGCUAUUUAACACAAUUUCUAAUCAAUGGCUCAAACGUCUGCAGCAUCAUCGGUGCUCAAAUUGUAUCAACUUGUCAUAGAGGAUGUAGUUGCCAAUGUUCGUGAUGCAUUUUUGGACGAGGGAGUUGACGAACAAGUAUUACAGGAAAUGAAACAAAUAUGGACAAAUCGCUUGAUGGCAAGUAAAGCAGUGGAAGUCACUCCAGAACCUCAAGCUCCAACAUCAGGUCAACCUCCUCCACUCGCAAAUAAUCCAAAGUCUAAUGGAACAAAGUCAAAAAAGGCAUUGGCUGUAGAACAGAAGAACUCAUCGACAUCAGUAAAUGGAAGUUCGAAAAGUAACGUUCCUCCACUUGCAUCCACCGUACCAAAAAUGACACAACAUGCAAAGAAUCAACAACAAAUACCGGCGGUGAAAAAUGAACCAGAACAGCCUACAACAUCACAGCCAUCAACAGCGAAUUCACAGAAUGGUCCAUCAGCUAUGCAACAGACGGCGUUAGAUCCAAAAAAAUUGAUACCAAUACAAAUAACACUUCCACCUCAACCAAAUGAAGUAGAGAAUCGUGUCCUAACGAUAAAAGUACCCGCACUUGCUAUACAAGAGAAGCAGCUGCUUCCGCAACUCAUCACGAGUGAAAUAAUUACUUCUAUUAUGCCUCUGCAACCCAGUGUUGCAUCAGCUGUUCUCCAACAGCAUGUCACUUCUGUUUUAAAUUCUAUGUAUGGUGAAAAUCAAAUCAAAGUCAGUCGACAAGUUGAUGGAACGGCAGGCGACACAUCAGAUGAGGAUGGAAGCGAUAUAAGUGAUGAUCACUAUGAUGACGAUGAAGACGAUGUAGACGAAGAUGGAUCAGAUUUAAACGAAGUGGAAUUAGGUGCUGAAGAGGAGCCACUGAAUUCAGAAGACGAUGUAACAGAUGAAGAUGCUGCGGACUUGUUCGAAACAGACAAUGUUGUUGUGUGUCAGUACGAUAAGAGCAAUAGAAUGAACAACUGCAUAGCUAAUUUUACUCAUAACUCGACGUUGAAAUCCAAUAAAUUGUCAAGAUCUAAAUCGACAAUCAAAAUCUACAACAACACAGAAUUAGGAAUGAAAAGAAAGAAAAAUGAAUGUAUGAGUCAUCGAUUGAAUGAUCUAGCAAGACCGAAUGUUAGAAGAAUAAAAAGCAUUUUUGAAAAGCAGAAGAAGAAAUCAAAAUUUGACAUGAUUAAGGCUGAAAAGUUGUUAAAGCUUAUGAAUGAGCCACUAAAAAAGCCUCUUGAUGUAAAAAGAUGCAUAAAAGAAAUGAAAACUUAUAAUAUAAGUAAACAGGAACGUGUGACCUAUUCUACAGACAAAGAAUAUGAAAAAUGUAGACAGUAUCGUGAUUUUCAAUGCUUGAUUAAUAAAAAGGUCUUGCUAGAAAAUCGUCAAAAGGAUCCAUAUAACAGUUCCUUUAAGCCACAAAAAAAAUUAAUAAUUGACAAUAAUAAAAAGUCAAGAACAAAUUAUAAUGUCACCAACUUCAAGGUAUCGACGGAAAAGUAUAUUACGACAGAAGAAUUUGAACGACGUUGUAGGAAUGACAAUUUAAAGCCUUCAAUUUUUACAAACUUUAACAAAACGAAUGAGAAUUUUGUACUUAAAAAAUUAACAAUUGUCGAUGAUAAGAAAGCAUGUCAAAACUCUGAGGACCUUCGUAAUGUUCCUCGUUCAUUGUUUAUUAGCCGUGAUAAUAAUGACAAUAAAAGAACCACUUAUCAUGUUGAGAAAACGACAUUAAAAACUACAAGAGUCCCAAGAAUUACCACAACAAGUACUGAGAAUAAAGCUGUUACAAAUACCAAAACGACUCUUAAACAAACUAUAAUUGUUGAUCAGGAAAUGAGUUCAAAUGAAAUGCGACAAAAUGAAGCAAGCCUAGCAUUACGUCAAUACACCUUUGAUUCAGGCUUUAUAGAUAGACUGGAUGAACAAAAUAUGACAUCUUAUGUGUCAAAUCCAAAGAAAUCGACUGAAGUAACGUCACCUAAAGAUAUAAAUGAGGAUACAAAUCAUAGUGGAAUUAAAGAUUCAUUCCUCAAUCAAGUAUUAGAAAUUCCUGGCUUUUUGAUAGUAGAUUCUUCAGUAGAUCAUGAAGAUAAACAGUCAAUAGAAUUAAAUUCUAAUUUAAAUUUUCCAAACUCAACAAGUACUUCCAAUGAUGUUUCUAAUGUUGUUGGCAUGUCUACAAAAAGCCAAGAAAGCAGCACAAUGAAUAGUCAACUACAAGAGCAAUUCCAAGUUCAAAACUAUAGCUAUCCAGAUAUUUAUGAAAACUGUUCAAUUUCUUUGCUGUCUAAAAAUGAUUCAAGUAUCCUGAAACUGUCUAUGAAUUCAUCAGUUCUAGAGGGUCCACAAAAUUUUAUCGCUAAGCAAUCGUCCUUCAACAACAGUGCAAACAUUUCGGAUUUUGGGACGUUUGUAGCUAAACAAGAGGAAAAUUCUUCAAGGAACUUCUCACAAUUGCCUGUUAUUGCACUUCGUGACUUUAGUGGAUAUCACGACGUUGACAUUGACAAAGAUAAUGAAAUUUUAAUUCGUGUUACGAGCGCCAAUUUUGACAAGAUUUAUGUUAUAACAAAGAUUAGUGACAAAAUGAAUUUAAAUGAAUUUUGUAAAAGUCCGGUUUCGUCCAAGUCGAAGCUGUUCCUUUUAAACGGUUCAAAAGAAAAGAAAGAAAUUGAGAUUAAGAGGUUAGGAACAAACUCUUUAAAACAAUAUUGUGGUAAAGGAAAUCAAGGACGUGUUGAAGAUUAUAGUCAGAAUUCACUCUUAUCAAGCGUAAAUCAAGAGAAAUUUUCAGUACAAAAAAUAGAUAAAAUAUCUAAUAGUCUAGAGAGUAAAGGAAUUGACAUUCACGUGACAGAAAAUUCUGACAAAAAUUCAAACUUCACUGUUAUUAAGGAACAAGUACAUGUUACUCAUACAAAAAGGAAAUCACAAAACUGAAAAGAAAUGAACUUCCCCUCCGAAUCCUCAAGUAACAAUUCUCAUAUGAUCCUGAACAUGCGCACAUUAUUUUCAUAUGUCUCUUAUUCAUCGCUGACUAUUGAUUUUGAUAAAUACAAAUUAUUUGAUGCUGGUGAAUUAUUUUUGUUUUCAUUCUAUUCAGCUGGUGUCUGUUGUCUGCUUAUCAUCAAAUUCGAAGGGUGUUUGGUAGUUCCAUUAAAUAAUAAAGUAUUUAAAAAAAUUGCUUAAGUGAGCUUAUUGUAAAAAAAUAUUUAAAAUUCAAAGCCUUGAAAUUAGUGCAGCUAAAGUGAAGCAUAAGAAAUUCCAUUUUAGACUAUUAAAGAAUGAGUUAAAAAUAAACGAAAUAAAAGUGAAAACUUAAUGAAUGGAAAUAUUGCAAUUUAUUGUGCAUCGCUCAUUCUGCAUUUCACGUACAGCAGACAGAAACCCAUAAAAGUUCAGAACAUCCAUAAAAAAUUAUAUAUUUACAAGAUAUUUCAUGUCUGAUAUGUCUUCAUGUUUAUUGGUUUAAAAAAAAGCUAUAAAGUUGAAAUUAAAGUGUCACUAUGGAUCUCUAUAGUUUAUUGCUAUAAACUGCUAUAAACGAAAUUAAAGGGAAUAGUAACAGUAAUAUAUUAAUAUAAGAACGGAGAAAGACAAAAAGGAGAUUAAACUUCCAUUCAUACAUAAAACUAGUGUUUUUGUUUUUGUAUAAAACAUGGACUUCAGUGCCACAUAUAAAGUUCUUGUACUAGGCGACUCGAAUGUUGGAAAAACAUGUAUCGUUCAUAGAUAUUGUGAUGAGAGAUAUUAUGAUACUUACAUUAGUACGAUAGGAAUUGAUUUUAAACAAAAAUUGAUAAAUCUGGAUGGUGUACCGAUAAAACUGCAAAUAUGGGAUACUGCGGGACAGGAACGAUUUAGGACAUUAACGACUGCUUAUUAUAGGGGAGCAAUGGGGAUUUUAUUAAUGUAUGAUAUAACUAGCUUGGACUCGUUUAAUAAUCUUUCAUAUUGGCUUAGAAACAUACAGGAAAAUGCUGCACCGGAUGUCGUGAAAGUUUUGGCUGGAAACAAGUGUGAGUGCACUGCUGCUCAACGAGCUGUUGACAAAGAACGAGGAGAUAAGAUAGCUGAGAAUUUUGAUAUGCCAUUCUUUGAAGUUAGCUGCAAACAGAAUAUUAAUAUCGAGGAAUGCUUCCUUACACUUGCACGAAAGAUCCGAGAGCAGCGUGAGCAUAGAGGAGAAAAUUUUGACGAAGAAGAACAAUCAAAGAGCGGUAAUAUGAAAAGGAGCACAUCGAAUGGAUUAGGACCAUUUACAUUAGGCACGGCUUCCGACAGUGGAAGAUGUUCCUGCUAAAAACUAUGUCACAUGAAACGUGCAUUCAUAUCAAUGAAUUUAAGGAAUGAAGAGAGAUCAUCAAUUCAACAUAAAAAUUUUUCUACAAUAUAUUUAGACAUGAACAUGGUGAAAAUUAUCGCAUAAAUGGAAAUGAAUUCUUUUUUGGAAAAAUAUUAAACAAUAGUAGGAUGUGAGGAGAAAUUUUUUCGAUCGAGACAUGAAAAGAUAUACAAUUCAUAUAAUACAUUAUAGCUAAUGUGCUUGGCGUGACUGUUGCUUCAUUAACAUAAAAAUCAAGUUCAAGGAGUUGAAAACUCCAAGCUAUUAACGAUUUCUUUCAAACUGUCAAUGACAAUUCAUUUUGGAGUCGUUCGGAUAUUACGUAGUCCUGAAAGUUGUAAUUUUUGACUUUACGAGAUCAUUUAAAAAAAAUUGAUUCUAGGUCUCCUUAUUCUCCAUCACAAAUGCACGAAGGUUCACAUAGCUACAAACCCUUCUCUCGCACAAAGGUUGGACAUUAUUAUAAUAUUACUCAUUAAAACAUAAGCCAGAGGAAAGAAAAGGAUAGUAACGUAAAUUACGAACGACUCAAUUGAUAUCCAUAAUUUUACUUAUUUUGUUGUCAACGCCAAUUAAUGCCGAGCAUCGAAAGAAAUGUUUUGAUCUUAUUUUUUUACAUUUUUUUUGAACUGGUUUAAAUUCAAAGAAACUACUUAGUAGACAAUGUAUUUAAUACUCCAAU